AUAGAAAUCUUUAAGCAGUUUAUUUUCUUGCUUUGCUCAACGUCAUGUCAAAGUUGGAAUAGCGACAAAAAUUCAAUUUAAAAAAUGAUUCUUUAGUCAUUGACACGGUUUAGUUAAUUUGUUGUAUUAAAUAUUAUAUUAUUAUCUUAAUUUGAAUUAUUAAUUUUUAGUUAAUUAUCAUUAAUUUAAGUAUUCAUUUUGUGUUAUUAUGUAUUAUUAAACAAUUAUGCAAAGUUAUUGUUCAUUAGUAGUUUUUAAAUCAUCAUUGUUUUAUUACAACUUAUUCUAAUAGAUAUAUGAAACAUUGACACCCAACUGAAAUAAAUUAUAAGCAAACUGGAGGCGUCCGGGGUUAAAGCUCUGCUUCGUGAGUCAGCUCAUUUGAGUAGAGGAACCUCUAAAAAGACUUCUAGUGUAUAUACGUUAACUGGUGACAAUUGUUAAAUAAUUAGAGCCAUGUUUCCGUGGCCUGAUCAUCAAAUACGUAGACCACGAUUUAAAAAGAAAGAGAAUCAACUAGAACAUAACAAAUGUGAAAUUUUAAAUUCAUGGCAAAAAGAAAUAUGCAAUAGUGAUGAUUUACCAGAAGUAGAACUAAUAAGUUUAUUGGAAGAAACUAUUCCUCAGUAUAAACUUAGAGCUGACACUCUAACACAGUUUACUGGUUACGAAAAUAAAGACUGGUUCAUACCAAGUCCAGCUUUAAAUGAAGACGAAGUUGAUACUUCAAGUCUUUCUAAAGAAUAUAUUCGUGAAACAUUAAACUAUUUUCUUCUAUGCAGCAACCGCGUAAGCCAAAUGACAAAAACCUAUAAUGAUAUCGAGGCAGUAACCCAACUUUUAGCAGAAAAAGAGAAAGAUUUAGAGCUAACAGCUCGUAUAGGUAAAGAACUUUUGGCCGGUAAUCAAACUCUUGAAGCCAGAGUUGGUUUUCUUGAAACUGAAUUAAAAACUGUGAAUGAGAGGUAUACUCAAGCUUCAUACGAAUUGCAGAAAAAAAACGAUCUCAUCAAAAUUCUUAGCAAUGAUGCUGAUGACACAGGCUAUGAAGCCACUGAUGAAACUGUUAAAGGAGAAAAAUAUUAUGGUGUUAGUGCUGAUUAUUUACAAAAGCGUCUCAAAAGCCUUGAAGAUGAAAACCGUUCUUUACGUGGUGAAGCCAGCAGACUCGCCAUGCAAACCGAUGAGGUAGAGGCUAAAGAAGCUCAACUUAUGUCUGAUUUUGCUUCCCAACUUAGUGUAACUCGGUCUGAUUUAUCCGUCAUUAUGGAGCAAGCAGACAAACAUAGAGAAGAAAAUGUAACUCUUCACAACAAUUGCGAGUUCUUACGUACAAAAUUAACAAGUGUUGAAUCAUCAUUAAAAAUUAAAACUGAUGAAAAUGAAGAACUCAUGUCAAUGUUAAUACUAGCACGAGAUACCCAAAAUGAACUCGCAGCUGAAAUAGCUGAAAUAAAAAAGCAAUAUGAAGAAGCAUUAACAAUGCUUCAAGAGUGCCAGGCCGAACUGAAAAAACAUAGAGAUAAAAAUAUACCUUUAGCUAGGUCUGGCCCCUUAUUUACAUCUUUACCACCAUAUUUAAACUCGACUGCACUGAAUAGCCAAGGUCAUAGUUCUUUAGAAAGCUCAUUAUUCUCUGAACUUAGUUUGGACUCUGGUAUAUGUACUGGCAGAAUAUCUGGUGCAAGCAGCUAUAAAAAGUCAAUUGGUAUGAUGAAGCUAACAUCUUCAAUGGAGACUAGUACAAGAAAUUUAUCUAGACAAACUGCUUAUAAUGACCUUACAGAAGAAUCUCCAACACAAAGUGAUUGUGAUGAUUUCUCUGAUACUGAUUCUUUUAUUAUUGAACAGCCAGGUAUACCAGGUGCUCCAGGAUCAGAAGAUUUAGCUAAUGCUUUAAAACGUUUAACUCCAGCUUCGAUUAAAGCACGUCGUGCUGCUCUAGGAUCUGGCUUAAUGUUUGGAGAUCCUUAUGAUUCUGCUGAUACUAGGACUCCAGACUCUUUAAUGUCUACUGGAAGUAUAAGUUUACCUACUUGGAAAGCACCAAAUAAACUACAGUUGGUCAAGCCUAUGCAAGGUUCAUUUACUCUUCAACAAUGGAAUCAGCAAUCUGUACCAUCAUUAAGUUCAAUACUUGAAGAACAACCUCAAGGCAUAAUUAAAAAAUGUGAUUCUACUGCUCCCAUUGCAGGUCUUCCUCAGACUUUCAGACUUGAUGAAAUUGAAGAAGAUGAACUUGUACAUCCUGGGAAGAUGUUCCAAAUGUCUAGUUAUGUUUAUACUAUGACUAAUUCCACUGUCAUGCAUCCAGAUGAUGGUACUAGUGUUACACCUAGUAUUCGAGGAAGUGCAAUGACAACAGCUGUUAAUAGCCGUGUAAACAGUAAAGUACCAACUAGAGAAGGAACUCCUAUGCUAUCUAGAAGAAAUUCAACUGUUACAUUUUCUACUAACUAUGGAUUAGCCGCUAUGUUAAAUGAACGGGGUAUUAAAGCAAUCACACCUUCUGCUUUAGCUACUCCUAUGAUUUCUGCUACAGCUACACCUUGUAAUAGUCCAUAUGGUUCACCUGAACGUUCACGCUCUCCUUCACCUUCAGAUUCUCCAUAUUUUCAUCCAUUUGGAUUACCUGGUUAUUUAAUGCAUAGUGGUGCUAAACUAUUAAGGAAGACUUUAACAGGUACAGAAUCAUCAAAUGAGCAUAGGUCUCGUAAAUCUAAAUCAAUAGUAAGACCUGACAAGAAGGCAUUGGCUGGUAUUCGACUUAUGGAAACCAUAAAACACUAUGUACCAACUGUUGAAACUGAUUUGUCUAGUCGACCAAUAUUUGACAUUGAAGAUGCUGAGCCACCCAAACCAGAAAAUGGUGCAUUACAAAAACGAUUGAAACAGUUAGUUAAUUCUGAAAAAACUGAAGGUCCAAGAUUGCGUAUGGAUUUAGGUACGGUUGGACCACCAGUUCCUUCAACAGACAAUGAAACUAUUCAACCAACACGAGGAACCUUUAUAAGUUCAAUGUUUUUUGCUCGUAAAGGAGGAUUACUUUAAAGAAAAAUAAAAUAUUAUUUUUUAUACAUGGUGCAAUUUUUUUUCUUUUUAGUAAACUUGUUUUUAUUUUGAACAUUUUUAUAGCAAUAUUAAAAACAAAUUUUGUUGACCAAGUUUCUAUUACACUAAACAUUAUUUUUUUGAUUGUUUAAUAAUUGCACUUUUACAUGCAUCACAUUUUCCUAUUUCUUUUCUUUGCUAUUUAUUUUUACAAAUUAAAAAUAGCAUUUCAAACAAAAAGGUAUUUAUAACAUUAAUUUAAUGAAACUAUUGGCUUACAUUUCAAUAAAAAUUAUUAAAAUAUGAUACCCAUUGUAAUAUUAUCUUAAUUUAUAAUAAUACAUGUAUUUAAAAAAUAGUUUGAAAGAAAUCAUGCCAAUUGUAAUAUGUGUGUUACAUCAUUUAGAUGCAUUAUAAUGGUGCUAUAUAAUUUAUUAUUUAUUAAAUAAUAACCAUUGUUGUUAAUUUUUACCUGUUAUAACAUUUGCUCUUUAAAGUGUUAACAAAAAAGAUCAUUUUUUCAAUUCUUAAUCAAUUAUGUUUAGUUAUUUAUCAAUAAUAUUUAUUUUUUUGGAGUAAUAUUAAGCAUUUAACUCAGUUUUUCACCAAAAUAGUAUGUUUUAAUGAAAUAUUUUCAUAUUUAACAAAAUGAUUAAAACUGUUGACUAUUAUUAAAAAGAAAACUCUUGUCAUGUUAAAUAUCAAUUUUAGUGAUAUUUUAAAAUAAUAUUAACAUUUUUUUUUCAUUGUCUAAACAUCAAAAUAUCAUUUAUUCCAAAGUGUUUUAUACAGUAAACAUUGGUUUUAAUUUUAAGUAUUUAUUAUAAAAAUGACUUAUUUAAAUUUACUUUUUUUUAAGUUAAAUUUAUUAAUUAUUAUUUUAUUAGUUAGAACAAGAGUAACUGUAUAGAUAAUAAUUUAGAUGUUUCCAAAACAUGGAUAAUUACACAAAUACAUAAUUAUUCCCAUUUUAUUUUGGAUAAGUUUUAAACUUUAUUAUUUUAUUUAAAAUCAUUUUUAUCUUUAGAUGGUGUUCCUAUUUUGUUUUCAUUAGUUUAUUCAAAAUAUAAAAAACAAUAAAAAUAUCAACCACUUUCUGUAUAUACAUUUACUUUAUUUUUUAAUUUAAUCAUUGCUUUAAUAUGUACUAUAUAUACAAUUGUAGGGUGUAAUUGUCCUUAUUGUUUAAAUUGUUAUAAAAGAAGUUAAAUUUUUCUUAGAAUGAAUGUUAUGAUGCAAGGGAUUCGUGUUUGUAAAAAUAGAAAUUUUAAAGAGACUGAGUUAGUAUUCAACCAAAUUUUGUAUAUUUUUUUUAUUUAGUUAUUUUUAGGUAAGACAUUUGCAUUUUUUUAUUAGCAACAUAAAUUAACUUUGCUAAGAAUAUCUCCAUUAUUUCAAUAAAUAAUGCUAUUUUAUGUACUCAAAUUUUUGGAAUUAUGCUACUAUGUAUAUGUAAUUAAGUCAAUAAAUUAUUCUUGUAUAAUAUCAGAACUAGUUGAAUUUAAAUAAAAAAUUACAUGUUGACUGA